CGUUCCCGGGGAGCCCAAUCUCCCGAAGCAGCGCGGGGGGCGCGGAGACUCCGCGGCUGUGCGGGCGGGGCGGGCGCGGCCGGAGCGGGCGGAGCGCUGCUGCUGCUCCUGCUUCUGCUGUUGGUGCUGCUGCUGCUGCUGUGGGGGCGGCGGGACUGCCGCGCCGGCUCCGCUCCCGGCAGCGCAAACUGCGCCCGGCAGCUCCGCCCUUCCCUCCCCGCCGCCCGGCGCUGCUGGAGCGGCUGCCCCCGGGAUCGCCGCGGUCCGCGGUGCCAGGAAGCUGCGGCUCCGCGCUCCGCCCGCAGAAACUUUGCCCGGCGCUCAAAGGGGAAGGAUGGAGCCCGGAGAGCCCGCGGCGGCGCCCCUCAACUUGUCCCGAGCCGCGGCAGAGACGCCCCGCGGGGAGUUCAACCUGUCCGGGCUGCCGGAGGCCGAGGGGAAGCCCCUCUUCGGCAUCGGCAUCGAGAACUUCAUCACCUUGAUCGUCUUCGGUUUAAUCUUCACCCUGGGGGUGCUGGGCAACACCCUGGUGAUCACGGUGCUGGCGAGGAGCAAGCCAGGCAAGCGCCGGAGCACCACCAACAUCUUCAUCCUCAACCUGAGCAUCGCGGACCUGGCCUACCUGCUCUUCUGCAUCCCCUUCCAGUCCACGGUCUACGUGCUCCCCACCUGGGUGCUGGGAGCCUUCAUCUGCAAGUUCAUCCACUACUUCUUCACCAUCUCCAUGCUGGUGAGCAUCUUCACACUCUCGGCCAUGUCUGUGGACCGGUACGUGGCCAUCGUGCACUCCCGACGCUCCUCAGCCUUGCGAGUUCCCCGCAACGCAAUGUUGGGUGUGGGGCUCAUCUGGGCACUCUCCUUUGCCAUGGCCUCGCCUGUGGCUCACCACCAGCGCAUCUUCCACCGUGAAACCAGCAACCAGACAUUCUGCUGGGAGUUCUGGCCCAACCCACGCCACAAGAAGGUCUACGUGAUAUGCACAUUUGUCUUCGGAUAUCUGCUCCCACUGCUGCUCAUCUCCUUCUGCUAUGCCAAGGUUCUUAAUCAUCUGCAUAAGAAGUUGAGAAACAUGUCAAAGAAGUCAGAAGCAUCCAAGAAAAAGACAGCACAGACUGUGUUGGUGGUGGUAGUGGUUUUUGGCAUCUCCUGGCUGCCUCAUCAUGUGAUCCAUCUCUGGGCUGAAUUCGGAGUGUUCCCGUUGACUCAAGCCUCCUUUCUCUUCAGGGUAACUGCACACUGCCUGGCUUACAGCAAUUCUUCUGUGAACCCAAUCAUAUAUGCAUUUCUAUCUGAAAAUUUUAGGAAGGCCUACAAACAAGUCUUCAAAUGCCAGAUUGGUAAUGAGACACUUCUGAAUGAUGCUAAGGAAAAUAAAAGUCGGAUAGAUACACCACCCUCUACCAAUUGUACCCACGUGUGA